GCAACGACGUUAGCUAGGUGCGACUCCUGAUAGGCUCGGAGUGUGCAGGAAGGGCUGCAGGUACCUGGAGUCGUGUUAGUACCUUGUUUUAGGGUUCGUUCCUGAAACUUUUUGUUUUGCUUUGAGUCUUCAGAUAGGCGGGAGUAAUUUCUAUGCACUCUUGGGAGGUUGUGUUACUACUCCCGAAGAGAUCCCUUUCCCUUUUCUGCAUCUUUUCCUUUGUGCACACUUGACUCUUAUGCUGGUUAGACUCGCCCUCCUUUCGCCUGGAUGUGUCGCCGUUCGAUUUGGCUUUAGCUCUGUUCUUCGGGAGAAGCCCAGCUUCCGGUGAUCCUUCCUGCCCCCUUUAGCGGAUCCCCUCCCGCCGUGACCUGCAGCAGUCAGGAAUGGAGCCUGACAGCUCUCGGGAAUCCCCACCGCGGGAGGGCUCUUCCUUGCCCGGAGAGUGCCCUUCUUCCGCCCUCGGACAGUCCUUCUCCCAGAUUUUGCACCAUCUUACCGGCCAGGAGCCCCGACGGAGCAAGACCAGAAAUGCAGCUCUUCAAGACCUCGAUGCUCUCCUAGAAGCCACAGAGUGUGAUAAGUUAUUUGAGGGGAGCGGGACAUCGCCCGGUGGAAUGCCUGAGAUGCUGGGGAAGGUGGCCAGAGCCCUGGAGAAGUAUGCAGCCCCAACCCAGGAGCAGGAAGGUAGAGAGGAUGGUUUCUCAGCAGUGGCCGAGAGAGCGUCGGCCGUUGGGUUACUGUUUAUCAAGCUCUUGAGGAAAGUUGAGUCUGCCAAGAAUUCCUUGGUUUGCCCCGCACGGAAGACGGUCCUGCGUCACUUAGCAGGACCCAUCUAUGUUUAUGCCGUCACACACAGCCUGGAGCAACCGUGGACCAGGCCGACGUCUCAGGACGUUGCUGGAGAGGUGCUCGCCUUGUUGCUUCAAGUUACUGAGUGUGGUUCUGUGGCAGGAUUCCUCCACGGAGAAAAUGAAGACGAGAAAGGGAGAUUUACUUUGGUACUGGGGCUUCUCAAGCCCAACUUGAAUAAGGAAUCCUGGAAGAAGAACCCUGCCACCAAACACGUUUUCUCGUGGACUCUGCAGCAGGUCACUCGGCCCUGGCUGAACCAGCACCUAGAGAGGAUCCUCCCCCCGUCACUGCUCAUCUCAGAUGACUACCAAACGGAGAACAAAGUCCUGGGUGUGCGCUGCCUCCACCACAUUGUGCUCAACGUGCCCGCUGCCGAUUUGCUGCAGUACAACAGGGCCCAGGUCCUGUACCACGCCCUUGUCAGCCACCUGUACACGCCGGAGCACCUCCUCGUUCAGGCCGUGCUGCUGUGUCUGCUGGACUUAUUUCCGGUCCUAGAGAAAGCCCUGCACUGGAAGGGAGGCGCCGCUCGCCCCACCACACACUGUGACGAGGUGCUGCAGCUGAUCCUGACCCACAUGGAGCCGGAGCACCGCAUCCUCUUACGCAGGACCUAUGCGAGAAACCUGCCAGCUUUUGUGCAGAGGUUGGGGAUCCUAAGUGUCCGGCACAUGAGGAGGCUGGAGCGAGUCAUCCUCGGUUAUCUGGAGGUUUAUGAUGGACCAGAGGAGGAGGCGAGACUGAAGAUGCUGGAAACCCUGAAACUUCUCAUGCAGUGCAUUUGGCCAAGGGUUCCCUGUAGACUCGUGGUCUUGCUGAAGGCUCUCUUGAAACUGGUGUGCGAUGUGGCGAGGGACCGCAGCCUUACACCCGAGCCUGUGAAGAGUGCCCUGUUGGAGGAGGCCACGGCCUGCCUGGUUCUCCUGGACCACUGCUCUCAGGGGCGAGUGAAGGGUCUCCUGGCCACCAGUCUCCGAAGCUGCAAGGACAGCCAGGUGGCGAGCUGCCUCCGGAGAGUGCAGCAGGGCUCCGGAGGCGCCCCCCUCAGCGGGACUUAGGGUUUGUCUCGUUUCUCUGAAGAGGAGAGGGCUUUCUCUUUGUGUAAAUGCAGUUACUUACAGAAAAAGGUAUUUUUAUACUAGACAUUGUAAUUUAUGUCAUCCUUUUCUUUCCUUUUACUCCAAUGGAAGUAUGGGAAGAAUAAGAAAAACUGAAGUCUGGACAUUUCUCUCUUUCUUUUU